AUGUCUGGCCUACAACAACCCACAAAUAACCAUGCCUUAGCACUGCUGGCCCUUAAUUCUGCUCCGGCGAGUCCGGCAAGAAUGUCAUGGGGCCAAGACUUAGUCGGAGAAGCCAUUGCAAGGUUAGAAGGCAGGGAGUUUGAGUACACCAUGAGGAAGCCACGCAUUUCUAUUGGGAGGAAUAGCAGCAAGGGGGACGUCGAUGUCAACAUGGGCCACUCCAGUUUUAUUUCCAGGGUGCAUCUGGAGAUCUUUGCCGAGCAUCCCAAUUUUUUUAUGAAGUGUAAUGGGAAAAAUGGGGUGUUUAUUGAUGGGAUUUUUCAGAGGAAAGGGGCUCCGCCGUUGCAACUUCCUCGCUCGUGUAUUUUACGAUUCCCAAGCACAAACAUCAAAAUUCAGUUCCAGUCACUGAUUGAUGAAGCAGCCGCGCCUCCGCCUCCAAUUGCUGUAACCACUCCCAAGAAAAAGUCCCUUCACUCCCUGAGGAUUGCUAUACCAGAGCCCACAGAAAUCGGCGCCAGUCCGUGUCCUUCCCCCACAGGCACUAUUAGUGCUGCUAACUCCUGCCCUACGAGUCCUCGUAGUGGUUCGCUGCAUAACCCUAGGUUUACCCUCAUCCCUGACCUUGCUGUGGCAGCAUACGCGGCUGCACAGCCACGAGAUGAUGACAGCAGUGCAGCUUCUUCGCUGGUGAUUUCAUCCGGGGACUCUGCCAAGGAUGAGUCCAAGCCUCCGUACUCAUAUGCUCAGCUGAUUGUUCAGGCUGUGACUUCAGCCCCAGACAGACAACUGACCCUCAGUGGCAUCUACGCAUAUAUCACAAAAAACUACCCAUAUUAUCGAACUGCUGACAAAGGAUGGCAGAACUCGAUCAGACAUAACUUGUCAUUAAACCGAUACUUUGUCAAAGUUCCGCGGUCUCAAGAAGAGCCAGGAAAGGGGUCUUUCUGGCGCAUCGAUCCUGUGUCAGAAACCAAGCUAACAGCACAAGCAUUUAGGCGCAGACGUCAACGGGGCGUAACUUGUUUCCGGCCUCCUUUUGGGAAUUUGUCAUCAAGGUCUGCACCUGCUAGUCCCAGCCAUAUGGCAGGAUCCUUCACACCUGACUGCUUGUCCAGAGAGGGGAGCCCAGUACCAGAAGCAGGCACAGAGACAGAGAUAUUUCAGAUGUCGGCUCAAGGUGGCGCUGGUCACCGGGGGCAGGUGCAUCAUCACGCACACCCCACAAUCACAGAUCUUCGCUUCUCGCAGUCCGCUCCGGGUUCUCCAUCAGGUUCUCGUGUCAUGUCGCCAGUGACAGUGUCAUGCAGUGGCAACUCUGCUGCCAUCCACCAGCUCCCGCCAGUCAUAAGCAAGCCCAAGAUUUUCAUGGCUGCUCCCGGACAGCAGCUGAUCAAUGGCCCCUCAGCAAAUGGCUCACAUUUGGAAAUCAAACGAGAUAAUGGAGAAGCUGUCAGCAUCGGCUUGACCGGGGCAUCACAGAAAAUUGCUUCACUCGUAGCAACAGCCAACCAGGCUCAGUUCCAGGCUCGCACUCUCAACCCUGUCCUUGUCCAGAGCCUGCACGGGGGCCAGCAAGUCAUGAUGACAUCGUCGUCCAUUGGAGAACCUAGCCAAAUGACCCUUAUUCCUCAGUCUGUCCAGUUAGUCCAUCAGUCUUCAGCCGGUUCUGGCGGUCACUCAGCUCACACCAGUGCUAUCCAGCAGGCUCUGGUCUCACACUCAAGUCAGCCGGUACAGCUUUUCCAGCAGCAGAUGUUUCAGCAGCAAGUGAUCCUACAGAAUCCACUAGGCUCAGAUCAGCACUUGCAGCAGGCUCAGUCUGACAAGGAUGGUUGGGGCUCUCAGGAGGCCACAUUCCAUAUGUCACAGCCACUAAGUGGACACAUGAAGAGAGCAUUAGAAGCCGCACCCCAGGAAGUAGACAAAUCAAAUGGAAAGAGACUAAGACCUGAAGAUGAGAACCAAGCAUCAGAGUGA